CACUGGCCCUGCCCUUCCGAAUGCUCCGCGCUCCGCUCCUCCCUGAGAGCUUGUGGGUAUCGGGGGUCCCUCCCCUCCCCGCGCUGGGAUCGGGCGCGCACCCCGCCCCGCAGCUCGGCCCCUCCCGGGCGAGCGCACCCCCAUCCAGCGGGAGCGCCGAGCCGCGGCCGCAGGGAAGCAUUAAGUUUAUUCGCCUCAAAGUGACGCAAAAAUUCUUCAAGAGCUCUUUGGCGGCGGCUAUCUAGAGAUCGGACCAUGUGAGGGGCCGCGGGUACAAAUACAGCCGCGCCGGCGCCCCUCCGCACAGCCAGCGCCUCCCGGUGCCUCGAGGGCGCGAGGCCCGACCACCUCCCCAGCCCGGGACCAGCCUCCGCCCGGCAGUCCGGCAGAGCCAUCAGUCCCGACAACAGGAAGCUCAGAGGUGAUCCACAUAUCCACGCACCCAGAGUUCAGGGGGAUCCUUGGCAGAUGGGCAUUGGUGUCAUUUACUAACCAGCAGGAUGGAGACCACGCCCUUAAACUCUCAGAAACAGCUAUCAGCAUGUAAGGAUGGAGAAGAUUGUCAGGAAAACGGAGUUCUGCAGAAGGGUGUCCCCACCCCAGGGGACAAAUUGGAAUCUGGGCAAAUAUCUAAUGGAUACUCAGCGGUUCCAAGCCCUGGUGCGGGAGACGACACGAGGCACCCUAUCCAGGCGGCCGCCACCACCCUAGUGGCUGAGCUUCAUCAAGGGGAACGGGAGACCUGGGGCAAGAAGGUGGAUUUCCUCCUCUCAGUCAUUGGCUAUGCUGUGGACCUGGGCAACGUCUGGCGCUUCCCCUACAUAUGUUACCAGAAUGGAGGGGGGGCAUUCCUCCUCCCCUACACCAUCAUGGCCGUUUUCGGGGGCAUCCCGCUAUUUUACAUGGAGCUCGCGCUGGGACAGUACCACCGAAACGGAUGCAUUUCCAUAUGGAGGAAAAUCUGCCCGAUUUUCAAAGGGAUUGGCUACGCCAUCUGCAUCAUUGCCUUCUACAUCGCCUCCUACUACAACACCAUCAUGGCCUGGGCGCUCUACUACCUCAUCUCCUCCUUCACGGACCAGCUGCCCUGGACCAGCUGCAAGAACUCCUGGAACACUGGCAACUGCACCAAUUACUUCUCUGAGGACAACAUCACCUGGACCCUCCAUUCCACGUCCCCUGCUGAAGAAUUUUACACGCGCCACGUUCUGCAGAUCCACCGGUCUAAGGGGCUCCAGGACCUGGGGGGCAUCAGCUGGCAGCUGACCCUCUGCAUCAUGCUGAUCUUCACUGUUAUCUACUUCAGCAUCUGGAAAGGCGUCAAGACCUCUGGCAAGGUGGUAUGGGUGACAGCCACCUUCCCUUAUAUCAUCCUUUCUGUCCUGCUGGUGAGGGGUGCCACCCUCCCUGGAGCCUGGAGGGGUGUUCUCUUCUACUUGAAACCUAACUGGCAGAAACUCCUGGAGACCGGGGUGUGGAUAGAUGCUGCCGCUCAGAUCUUCUUCUCUCUUGGUCCGGGCUUUGGGGUCCUUCUGGCUUUUGCUAGCUACAACAAGUUCAACAACAACUGCUACCAAGAUGCGCUGGUGACCAGCGUGGUGAACUGCAUGACGAGCUUCGUUUCGGGAUUUGUCAUCUUCACGGUGCUCGGCUACAUGGCUGAGAUGAGGAAUGAAGAUGUGUCUGAGGUGGCCAAAGAUGCAGGUCCCAGCCUCCUCUUCAUCACCUAUGCAGAAGCGAUAGCCAACAUGCCAGCGUCCACUUUCUUUGCCAUCAUCUUCUUUCUGAUGCUGAUCACGCUGGGCUUAGACAGCACGUUUGCAGGCUUGGAGGGGGUGAUCACAGCUGUGCUGGAUGAGUUCCCACACAUCUGGGCCAAGCGCCGGGAGCGGUUUGUGCUCGCCGUGGUCAUCACCUGCUUCUUUGGAUCCCUGGUCACCCUGACAUUUGGAGGGGCCUACGUGGUGAAGCUGCUGGAGGAGUAUGCCACCGGGCCCGCAGUGCUCACUGUGGCCCUGAUCGAGGCAGUUGCUGUGUCUUGGUUCUACGGCAUCACUCAGUUCUGCAGGGACGUGAAGGAAAUGCUCGGCUUCAGCCCGGGGUGGUUCUGGAGGAUCUGCUGGGUGGCCAUCAGCCCUCUGUUUCUCCUGUUCAUCAUUUGCAGUUUUCUGAUGAGCCCACCACAGCUACGACUUUUCCAAUAUAAUUAUCCCCACUGGAGUGUCAUCUUGGGUUACUGCAUAGGAACUUCAUCUUUCAUCUGCAUCCCCACAUACAUUGCUUAUCGGCUGAUCAUCACUCCAGGGACAUUUAAGGAGCGUAUUAUUAAAAGUAUCACCCCAGAAACACCAACAGAAAUUCCUUGUGGGGACAUCCGCUUGAGCGCUGUGUAACACGCUCCGUGAGAGGAGGAAGGCUUCCCCACAACCUCUUCCUCCAGUUCUGAUGAGCCGUGCCUGCCUUCUUCCUCCAAGUGAAUGAGUUUCCAGCCAAGCCUGAUGAUGGAAGGGCCUUCUCCACAGGGACACAGUCCCAAGAGACGGUGGUGCCCAGGCUCAAGGCCUCCAGCCACUUAAUUCCUGGACCCCCCUGGACGUAUUCCCACGGUAGACUGUGACGCGGCUGAGCUGGCCUAUUUUGGACGUGUGAGGAUGUGAAUGGAGGUGAUGAAAACCACCCAGCAUCAGUUAGGAUUAGGUUUAGAAUCAAGUCCGUGAAAGUCUCCUGUAUCAUGUCUUGGUCUGAUCAUUGGUAUCUGAUAUCUCCUUCUAAAGGUUUCUCUGUUCAUGAAUACGUAAACUGCGUAGGAGAGAACAAGGCUGCCGUCUCACUAGCCAUAUAUUUUCUGAGUAGCAUAGCAUUUUAUUGCUGGAAUCUACUAGAACCUUCUAAUCCAUGUGCUCCUGUGGCAUCAGGAAAGGAAGAUGUAAGAAGCUAAAAUGAAAAAUAAUGUGUACAUGUAAGCAUGUGAGUCUCUGUAUAUUGUUGCUUCAGUGUAUUCUUAUCUGUGGUCCAAUACUUUGGGCCCAUUACAAAUGUAUGAGUUUCUCUGAAUUUUUCUUACUUUAACAAAUUCUGCCGAC